CCGUGAUAUUACAGGAAUUGCCACCAUGGCUCAUGGCUUACACUCCCCAUGGCUGUGGACUGGGAACCUUUAUAAAGUCCACAGGCACAGCUUCUUGGCCAGUCUCCUGAGCUGUGAGGCCAUCAGCAUGAGGAUCUCUUACCUGGUCUUUGGGUUGCUGCUUCUGUGCCUGGUGCCUGCUCCAGGUUACGGAGGGAUCAUAAGCACAGUGCAGAGGUAUUUUUGCAAAGUGAGGAGUGGCCGCUGCGCCUUGGUGAGCUGCCUCCCCAAGGAGGAGCACAUAGGCAGCUGCUCGAUAAACGGCCGAAAGUGCUGCCGGAGGAGGAAGUGAAGGUCCUGGGCACGGGGAGAAUGUUGUCACGUGCGAAGACGCCUGUGUGGAGUUUAUAAAAGCAAAAUUACAGCUUUGCUCGGCUUGCUGGUCGUAGUUGCAACGGAAAGGUGGAAUCUGCAUGGCAUUUCGUUGCUCUGGAGGUAGACGACAGAUAGGCGGCUGCCGCUUCCCAGGAAUCAAAUGCUGUAGCAUAUAGCAAGUGGAGAUGAAGAAGCUGCAGUCACUGACGAUGGCAGAAGUGUGUCCUUCACAAAGAUGUGACAUUUAAAUAAAAUCAACUCACAUUAGACUCAGAA